AUUCUCAUCAAACGCUAUAACUUCUACACCUAUCGAGAGAGAGGCCUUGUCUGUGUUCUUAAAGAUGUCUGGAAAGAUUGGAGAUGCGAUUUCAGAUCAGGAUGCUAAAACAAUAAAAAUUAAAGGGAGAGUUGUCGUGAUGAAGAAAAAUGUACUUGCUUUUAACGAUUUCAAUUCUUCGUUUGUUGAUACGUUUGAUGAACUUGUUGGGACGAGAGUUUGUUUUCAACUCAUCGGUUCUCAACAUCCUGAUCCUUCAGAGAAAGGAUCGAAGGGCAAGCUGGGAAGUCCAGCAUACUUGGAAGAUUGGAUAGCAACGAUCACUGUUAUAAAUCCUGGCGAAUCAGCUUUCGAUAUAACAUUUGAUUGGGAUGAAGCUCAUGGAGUUCCUGGUGCAUUCGUUAUUAAAAAUUUCUAUGAUAGUGAGUUUUACCUCAAGACACUUACGUUACUAGAUGUUCCUGGCAACGGUGAUAUCCAGUUUAUCUGCAAUUCAUGGGUUUAUCCAGUUGACAAGUACACAAUGGAUCGCGUCUUCUUCUCAAAUAACACUUAUCUUCCUAGUGAAACUCCAGGGCCAUUAAUUGGGUACAGAGAAGAGGAGUUGGCUAACUUGAGAGGUAGUGGAACUGGAAUGCGCCUGGAAUGGGACAGAGUUUAUGAUUAUGAUUUCUACAAUGACCUGGGAGAUCCGGAUAGAAAUAUAAAGACUGCUCGUCCAGUACUUGGAGGAUCAACCGAGUUCCCUUAUCCUCGUAGAGGAAGGACAGGCAGACCACCUACACAGACAGAUCCUGCAACUGAAAGCCGACUACCAAGAUUUGUCUUGGACAUUUAUGUUCCUAGAGAUGAAAGCUUCGGACAUCUGAAGGAGUCAGAUUUUCUUUAUUUUGGACUAAGAGCCCUUGUUCAGUUUCUUCUUCCGGCAUUUGAAGCUAUAUUUGACAGCACUCCUAAUGAAUUUGACACUUUCGAUGACGUUCUUAAACUAUACGAAGGAGGAUUCAAGUUGCCAGAAGGCCCUUUACUUGAUAAUAUCAGGAAAAAUAUUCCCCCAGAACUGCUGAAUGAACUCAUACGCAUUGAUGCUCAAGGAUUUGCGAAAUUCCCUAUGCCAGCAGUUAUAAAAGAGGACCUGACUGCAUGGAGAACUGAUGAAGAAUUUGCAAGAGAAAUGCUUGCGGGAAUGAACCCUGUCAGCAUCGCUCUUCUUCGAGAAUAUCCUCCAAAGAGUAAGCUAAAUGUCGAAGUCUAUGGAAACCAAGACAGUUCUAUAACGAAGUUUCACAUACACAACCAACUCGAUGGGUUAACAGUAGAUGAGGCAAUGGAGACCAACAGGCUGUUUAUAUUAGAUCAUCAUGAUGCGUUGAUGCCAUACCUGAGUCGGAUAAAUGCUUCAACAAAGACAAUUUAUGCAACAAGGACACUACUUUUCUUGCAAAAUGAUGGCACAUUGAAGCCUUUGGUGAUUGAAUUAAGUUUGCCACAUCCAGAGGGUGAUGAAUAUGGUGCAAUUAAUAAAGUCUACACUCCUGCUGCAGAGGGUACUGUUGAAGGUUCCAUAUGGCAGUUGGCUAAAGCUUAUGUUGCGGUGAAUGACCAAGGCGUUCAUCAGCUCGUUAGCCACUGGCUGAAUACACAUGCAUCAAUUGAGCCAUUUAUCAUUGCAACCAAUAGACACUUAAGUGUGCUACAUCCGGUCCAUCGACUUCUACAUCCUCACUUUCGUGAUACGAUGAACCUAAAUGCAAGUGGCAGACAGAUCCUCGCCAAUGCUGGUGGUAUAAUAGAGCUGACCAUGUUUCCAGGAAAGUAUUCAAUGGAAAUGUCAUCUGCAGUUUAUAAGAGUUGGGUCUUUCCCGAGCAAGCCCUCCCUGCAGAUCUUAUAAAGAGGGGAAUGGCUAUUGAAGACUGUAAUUCUCCCCAUGGUCUUCGCUUACUGAUUGAAGACUAUCCUUAUGCUAACGAUGGCCUUGAUAUCUGGUCAGCAAUCAAAACAUGGGUUACAGAGUACUGCAACUUGUACUACAAGACUGAUGACAUGGUCCAAAAUGACAAUGAACUUCAACGGUGGUGGACAGAAGUUCGCGAAGUGGGACAUGGUGACAAGAAAAAUGAAGGUUGGUGGCCUAAAAUGCAGACUUGCCAGGAACUCAUAGACUCAUGCACCAUAAUCAUAUGGGUAGCAUCUGCUCUGCAUGCUGCAAUCAAUUUCGGACAGUACGAGUAUGCAGGGUAUAUCCCUAAUCGACCUACUCUAAGCCGUAGACCCAUGCCUGAACCAGAUACACCCGAGUAUGAGGAACUUAAGACAGACCCUGAUGGCGUAUUCUUAAAAACAAUCACUCCUCAGUUGACAACAUUACUUGACAUGGCAACCAUUGAAAUAUUGGCAACGCACCCUACUGACGAGGUAUAUCUAGGGCAAAGAGAUAACCCGGAUUGGACAAAAGACACUGAGGCAUUAGAAGCAUUUGAGAGGUUUAAUAAGAAGCUGGAGGACGUCGCGAAGAACAUUGAUGAUAGGAAUAAAGAUGGAAAAAAUAAAAACAGGAAUGGACUGGUGAAAAUCCCUUACACUUUGCUUUAUCCUACAAGUGAACCUGGACGUACAGGUAAGGGCAUUCCCAACAGUAUAUCAAUGUAGGCUGGGUUCAUUUGGAUACCAAGUCCUGAUCCAUUUCAUUUCGUAAGUCUCUGUUUUUCUGUUUUAGUUAUUUGCAUUGGUUGUCUUGUCUUCGGGCCGAGACUUCCAUAUCCUUUUUACUGCUUUUCCCGUUUUGGGCUUGUAUGGUCCGUUGGAUUUCUGGCUUUGCACUGUUAUCAACCUCGGCAAUAAAAUUUUAUUUCUACAAAAAAAGAAA